AAAGGUGUCUGUCGAUCUUCUAAGUUUGUAAGGCACCUCCGGUUUUCCAUUUUAAUGAUAUAAAUUGUCCAACUUUUAUGUUUUUUAUGAGAUUCUCUUGGAUAUCACCAAGCGUCCUGAUAAGGUAGUUGGAAUUUCUUCACCUUUUAAUAAGAGGUUUCGAGUUGGAAUCUUUAGAAUGAAAAACUUUUUGAUAGACAAUGUUUCAUAAAAACUACUAUGUGGCUAAAGGGUGUAUAAAUACUGUUGCAAAAAGAAUGUUAAUUAUAGGGGUAUAAACUGAAAAUGUGGCUACGUGAAGUAUUGUCUAUUUGUGUUAGACUGUAUAUAUUUGAACCCCCCUCCCCCCAUAUAUUUUUCAUCACUCCUAAUAAUUUGUUGAUUGAUGUGGUUGUUUUUUGUAUUAAGGUAAUAAAUGUUGCUUAUUUACUCAUGAAGGUAGAUCAGGAAAGUAUCCUUAGAAGUUAGAACCUGAAAUGGAAGACACCGAAAGGGAAAAUUUUAGAAUCUUUAUCCAAGAUGCUUCAAUAUUUCCUGAAAUACCAAAAGUUCCAUUAUUCAUGAGACUUGAGACUCAGGACAAUGAUGACUUUGAUCCUAAAGUGGUUUCAUUGGGGCCUUACCACCAUGGAAAACCUGAGCUCAAAUUUGUUGAGGAUUUCAAGCCCAAGGCUCUACAAAUGUUCAUUCAUGGCAGUAAUAAAGACGUAAAUUUCUUUCUCGAACAAAUUCAUGAGGGGAUCGAGCAUGCUAGAAGUUGUUACCUUGAAGAAUUCACGAAUAAGUAUAAUGACUAUGAUUUUUCUCGAAUGAUGCUCCUCGAUGCAUGUUUCGUUCUAAAUCUUAUGGAGAGAGAAACCCGAGACUUCUCACAAUGCUGGUCUAAAGAUCAAUAUAUGGCUUAUUACCUUGGUACUGGAGUUGAUACCCUCAUUAGACGUGACAUGCUCUUGCUUGAAAAUCAGGUACCUUUCCAGAUACUCAAACUAUUGUUUAACUCGAGAUUUGGUGGAGAUGGAUUUGAAGAGACGUCGAAAAGCUUUUGUUAUAAAAUUCUUUUCGGCCCACAAGAGCCCCGAAAUAAUGUGGUGAUGGAGCCACAACCCUUUCACCUUUUUGAACUUCUUGGAAGAGUGAUGGUCAGUACUAAUAGCGAUCAUCAUCUCCGACAAUCUCACAACAACGAUUCCAUGAAUAAUGAUCACAAACCGGCAACUACAUGUUGUCCAUUAGUAAUGGAUCUUAUCUCAAAAGGCAUUCAUCAGUUUGGGCACUGUCUUGAUCGAUGUAGAAACAAAGAAGGCAACCGAAUUCCAACAGAGUCAACCGAAGUGUUUCGUUCAGUAACGGAAAUGAAAUCAAAGGGCAUUCAUUUUACCCCUGGCGGGUUCGGUUCUUUGAUGGAUGUAAGGCUAACGUCUCAUUAUUUCGACGCCGAACUCUCACUUCCAUGUUGGUAUGUCUCCGAGUAUACUAGAGUAUUUUUCCGGAACAUGAUAGCUUAUGAGAUCAGUCCAGGUAAAAUUAUGGAAUCCUCUGUUUCUUCUUACAUCUAUUUGAUGAAAACACUUAUUAUUUCACCUAAUGAUGCGAAAGAGCUACGAAGGAAGAGGAUCAUAGUCAACUUACUAGGAAGUGAUGAAGAAGUGGUACAAGUCUUCAAAGCAUUAAACACUUAUGGGGGUGAUUAUCUACAUAUUUACAAGGACGUCAAAAAGAAAAUCGAACAACACUAUAACAGCAAGUCCCAGACUUGGAUUGCUGAAUUGUUAGAUACCUAUUUUAGAAGUCCCUGGUCUCUCAUUGCGUUGGUUGCUGCUGUUUCCCUCCUUUUCUUUACUAUUCUUCAGACCUACUUUGCAUCUCCUCUUUAUCCUCCAGCAAAAAGAUCUUGAUUUUACUUGUCUGUACAUAAUUAUUAUGCUGAAUGAACAAACCUUCCACAUGUACA